GGCGGCUCCGCCGCAGACGCCGCUCGGUCACCGCCGCGUUCACCUCGCGGAGCCGGGGCUGCCCGCGACACCGGGAACACCGGGAACAACGGGAACAACAGGGGCUGCCAGAAACACCGGCACCGCCGAGGCUGCCAGGAACAGCGGGACAUCAGGAUUGCCGGUCCCGCGGAGCCGGGAUCGGGGUCCCCGGCCCAGUUUGAGACGCAGCCCGGCACUGGGAGCGGCCAUGAGAGACACGCUUGGAGCUGGAUCCCUGCGGAGCCUUGUCCAGCUUGCCUGGCUGUGCCUGUUCUCCUCCGUGCCGCACGGCGGGGCCAAGGUGCUGGAGAAGACCUUCGAGGAGUGGCUGCGGUACCGUGACGAGUGCCUGAGGAGGAUGGCGAGCGAGCCCUACCCAGCAGGGCUGUUCUGUAACAGGACAUUUGACAUGUACGCCUGCUGGCCCGACGGGAGCCCCGGCACCGCCGUCAAUGUCUCCUGCCCCUUCUACCUGCCCUGGUUUGAGAAAGUGAAACACGGGCUGGUGAGCCGCAGGUGUGGCACCGACGGCCAGUGGGUGACAGUGAACGGCAGCCAGCCCUGGAGGGACUACUCCCAGUGCGAGGAUGAGCUGGAGGUCACUGCUGAGGAGGAAGGCGCCCACCAGCUCAUGGUGAGCUUCAAGGUGCUCUACACCGUGGGCUACUCGCUGUCACUGCUCACCCUCAUCUCCGCCCUGCUCGUCCUCACCGCCUGCAGGAACCUGCGCUGCACCAGGAAUUACAUCCACGCCAACCUGUUCGCCUCCUUCGGGCUGCGGGCCACCUCGGUGAUGGUGAAGGACGCGCUGCUGGAGCGGCGCUGGGGCGUGCAGCUGCUGCAGGUGGCUGACUGGGAGGCUCUGCUGAGCCACGAGGCAACGCUGGGGUGCCGCGCGGCGCAGGUGCUGAUGCAGUACUGCAUCCUGGCCAACCACUACUGGUUCCUGGUGGAAGCUGUCUACCUCUACAAGCUGCUCAUCGGGGCCGUGUUCUCCGAGAAGAAUUACUACAGGCUCUACCUCUACCUGGGCUGGGGGACCCCCGUGGUGUUCGUGGUGCCCUGGAUGGCUGCCAAGUACCUGAAGGAGAACGUGGAGUGCUGGGCGCUGAACGAGAACAUGGCUUACUGGUGGAUCAUCCGCAUCCCCAUCCUGCUCGCCUCCCUGAUCAACCUGCUCAUCUUCAUGCGGAUCCUCAAGGUGAUCCUGGCCAAGCUCCGGGCCAACCAGAAGGGCUACGCUGAUUACAAGCUGAGGCUGGCCAAAGCCACCCUGACCCUCAUCCCCCUCUUCGGGAUCCAUGAGGUCGUUUUCAUCUUCGCCACAGACGAGCAAACCACGGGCAUCCUGCGCUACGUCAAGGUGUUCUUCACCCUCUUCCUCAACUCCUUCCAGGGCUUCCUGGUGGCCGUGCUGUACUGCUUUGCCAACAAGGAGGUGAAGUCCGAGAUGAAGAAGAAGUGGCAGCUCUGGAAGCUCGACCACCCGGUGCUCUGCUGUGCCCAUUGAGGUGGUGACCAGCCAGGGCACAGGGGCUGCUGGCCACAAUGGCCACAGAGCCUGGCUGGAGGGCAAGAGGCUGCAGGAAGCUGUGCUGGGCAGUGCCCACCCGGGAUGGCCAGGCUGGGAUGGGUGUCUGGCUGUGCCACACUGGAGCUGCUGGAAGGGACAUCCCUGCUGUGACCCGAGUGGGGGUGGCACCCCGGCUCUUGCCAGGCAUCGCUGUGUGGGCAGCCCUGCUGCCUCUCCCACUGCCACUGGCAGCCUCCCCCAGGACCCCUCCCACACAGGGAACCCCUGGGACACCCACACCCACCUGUGGGAUCUCAGCAGCCAGGGGCAGCCUGAUCCUCAGCAGUGGCAAUGCUGCCCACUCCCUGCACCCUGGGCCACACUGCAGCCAGGGCUUCCCUGUCCUCCGUGUGUCCCAGCCCAGGAGCAUCUCAGCAGCACCCCGAGAGCUCCCAGACCUCCACAGCCACCGUGUAAAACUCUGCACAGCGAGGGGCAGCUCCUCCUCCCCACCCUCAUCACCAACACAGAACAGCAGCUCCCAUCCCCUCCUCGCUGCUCUCCAGCUGCACAAAGCCCUGGUUCCCCUGCCAUGGGCAGAGCCAAGGAUGGAGCCUCAAAACCACUUGGGAGUGAAGGAUUUGAGAGCAGCAACUCACUGGGGCAGAGCCCACCCACCCCCAUGUCACGUUCAGCAUCCAGCCCAGCCUCCCCCUGCUUUCUGCAGGGAAAGCUGGAUUUCCAGCCUGGCAGGAGCUCAGGAACCAUUUUGCUGGCCAAAGGCAAAAAUCCUGGGAGUUUGCUUUCCAGUGGAGUGCCAAAGCAUCAC